GAGAUGGCACAAGAAUAGUUAACGAGGUUGCAAAUAUAUAUAGAGUCAUCUAACUUGCAAGAAACAUUUAGGAUAGUAGUGAGUUUAUACAGUAUAAAGGAGGUAUUUGAACUAGCAACGGAAAAUAUUUGAAUAUCAUAUCAUUUAUUCGAACUUUACUCUACACAUAUCUAAAAUCGGCAAAUAUCUAUUGACUUUUGUUUGAUCGUAUCUGCUUUAAAACAUGGAUUUUGGUGAAAUUUACGCACUAUUUCUUUUGCUAUUAUCAUUCUUAGUUUCCAUUACCUUUCUUAUGGCGAAAGAUGUCUACAAACCAACUUUAAAAGAAUCACCGACAAAGAAGACAAAAAAUAAGUUAAUGUAUUUCGAGGAUGAUACAAUAGAUGAAAAGGAAGUAAAAGAUGAAGCAAUAUUCCGUUACCUUAAUCCACAUUGUAGUCAUAAUUUGUCAGAAUACAAAGCAUUGUUGAUGGAGUGUUAUAUAACAGAAUCAAUGACUAAAGAACAAAGAAAAGCAGUGGAAAGGAAAGUCGAUGCCAUUGCAGAAAAUUAUAAGCUAUAUCCAUAAAAUAAUACAUUUUCUAAAGUACAAUUUGUAUACCCUAAGGGCAACUCAGAAAUAGUAUAUAUCAAUAAAAAUGAUUCUUGAGUCAAAAUA